GGCCGGAACUGGCGCUGUGCGUUCCCGUUCCCUCAGCGUUGCUUCCGGCGCCGCCGCCGCCGCCUGCGGGAUGUAGCGGCCGCGCGGCGGCAGAAGGACGCGGAGGGACCUUAACCGGCUGCCUCGGAGCCGCACGGACCCCGCCGCCCCCAUGGCGUCCCGCAAGGCCCCCGCCGGGGCGAGCAGCGGGCUGGUGGCYGCCGGCCGGGACCGGGAGCGAGAACGGGCGCACCUGGAGCUCGCCGAGCUGGGGCCGCUCCUGGAGGAGAAGGGGGACCAAGGACCCGUCGGCGUGGCCAGCGCCGAGGACCCGCCGUGCCAGGUGGCUCGCGAGGAGGAGGAGGAAGUGGUGCGGGUGCUGACCCUCCCCCUGCAGGCUCACCAUGCCAUGGAGAAGAUGGAAGAAUUUGUGUACAAGGUGUGGGAAGGGCGCUGGCGUGUGAUCCCAUAUGACGUCCUGCCCGACUGGCUGAAGGACAACGAUUACCUCCUGCAUGGACACCGGCCCCCCAUGCCCUCCUUCCGAGCCUGCUUCCGGAGUAUCUUCCGGAUACACACCGAGACGGGCAACAUCUGGACACACCUGCUGGGAUUUGUUCUGUUCCUCUGCCUGGGCAUCCUGACCAUGCUGCGACCCAACAUGUACUUCAUGGCUCCUCUCCAAGAGAAGGUGGUGUUUGGGAUGUUCUUCCUGGGAGCAGUGCUGUGCCUCAGCUUCUCCUGGCUUUUCCACACUGUCUAUUGUCACUCAGAGAAGGUCUCACGGACUUUUUCGAAGUUGGAUUAUUCAGGAAUUGCACUGCUGAUCAUGGGGAGCUUCGUCCCAUGGCUCUACUAUUCAUUCUACUGCUCUCCACAGCCAAGACUCAUCUACCUCUCCAUCGUCUGUGUCUUGGGCAUCUCUGCCAUCAUCGUGGCACAGUGGGACCGAUUUGCCACCCCCAAGCACAGGCAGACCAGAGCAGGYGUGUUCCUGGGGCUGGGGCUGAGCGGGGUCGUGCCCACCAUGCACUUCACCAUUGCUGAGGGUUUUGUGAAGGCCACCACGGUGGGGCAGAUGGGCUGGUUCUUCCUCAUGGCCGUGAUGUACAUCACAGGCGCUGGCCUGUACGCCGCCCGCAUCCCUGAGCGCUUUUUCCCGGGCAAGUUCGACAUCUGGUUCCAGUCUCAUCAGAUCUUCCACGUGCUGGUGGUGGCUGCAGCCUUUGUCCACUUCUAUGGGGUGUCCAACCUGCAGGAAUUCCGCUAUGGCCUGGAAGGGGGGUGCACAGAUGACUCUCUCCUCUGAGAGCGCCUGGUUUUAGUACAAGCUUCCUAAGUGCUUUUUAAACUCUUGUCUUUGCUAAAAUCAAAGGAAGACUCAAAACCAUUUGGGGUUGUUGGUUUGUUGGGUUUUUUUUUUUAAGAAACAAAAAAAUAAGAAACKGAUAAAUCCUUUAGCAAAGUUGUUGACCAAAUCCUCAUCCCCUUCCCCAUGCGCUGAGGCUGCGGGGGGGAAGCUCCUGCCUCCUCCGGAGUGUUUUAGCUGCACCAGGAUCAUCCGCUGCUCCAACAGCACAGGGAGCAGCUCCCUGCUCCUGCAUAGGCGAGCACAUCCCUCUCCUCAUGCACCAGGAGUUCUGCAUAUCCCCCGCGGCACCGCCUGGCUGCAGCAGCCCCAGGCACAGGCACACACUCAUGUAAUUUAAAGUUUUAAUUGUCCUUUUUUUGUUUGUUUUGUUUUCCUUGACAAAGUAAUGUAAACAUAAAUGAAAGAAUAUUUAAUAUUUAAUACUAAGCUUUAAGACGAUGCGCUGCCACCGCAGUGUCCUCAGCUCCCUCACUGUAGGGGGGAGGGAGGAAGGACAAUGUUGUAGGGAACGUAGAGCUGCUGUUGCUGAUGAAAUAAAAAGGUCAAUAGUUCAGUGUCA